AUGGUCACUUUGCUGCAUUUCUGGAAGAAUGCUGGGCGGCCUUUUGUGCGACGAUGCGUCACAGCGCACAGAGGUGGCGGCUUCCUUCACGCACUCUCGUGCUUCAAGGAACGCUGGUCCACCAAGUGUCACUACUUUGUACAUAUUGGCAACUGCAUUGUAUUGCUGGCCAUCAACCAGAAAGACAUGCUGCAGCUGCGGAGCUUGUCAGUGACAGCCUCGCUCUUUGGCAUCGCAUACAACUUACUUCAACCAUCGCCUCUCUGGGCACCUGCAGCCUGGGGAGGCUUCUUCAUCUCUUGCCACCUGUAUUAUAUUGCACAGCUCCUGCGUGACCGAGUGGGGAUUACACUCGAUGCUGACCACGAGGCCGCAUACGAAAUGGCCUUCAUGGGCCAUGGCUUUACACCUCGGCAAUUCCUGAAGCUGUUUGAGGCGGCACAUGGCCGAAUUGAGGAGGCUCGCUGUGGCACGUUCAUUUGCCGCAAAGGAGAACCCAAGAAGUGGGUUCACUACCUCUUGGAUGGGAAGGUCAUGCUGAUUGACGGUUCUGAGGACAAGGUGGUGAAUAUCGUGCCGGGCAAGGGCAGCUGGCUCGGAGAGUUCUUCGACCCUGCUGAGCCCGAAGACCACUGGGCGACCCCGCACUUCCACCAAGUGUCGUUCAAAUGCAUCGCCCCACGUUGUCGGCUCCUGACGCUGGAGAUCGACUCGCUGCAUCGAGCGAUCCGGGAGGCAGGCCUCGCUGAGGCGGCCACCCGUGCGGAGAUCUCGGAUUUGUGGGGAAAGCUCCGGGGAAGUCACCACGAGCACCGACGGAACACCUACAGCGCUAUGUUGGAGUUGGCUGUGGCGGACGGAGGUAGAUGCCAAGGAGGAGGAUCACGAGGUGAAGUUGGCCGAGCUCGGUUGGACGGCAGAGGAAUUCGCCAGCGGCCAGCGUGA